GUAUGCCGCGCGUGCAGCUAGUUCACUGAGCGGUGUGUUUAUAUGGAGGUUGUGACUGUGUGGAUUUUAACACUGCAAAAUGGCAAGCGAAGCGUAAUCACAGCCUCACUGCUGGAGGAAUCAUGAUUAUUCGACACUGAGACCCUUCUUGACGCUCCAUUCGUCCGUAAUUUCAUUAGUCUUUCGUGCGUAAAGCCUUUUGAACCGCAGAUGGAUUAUAAUCCUUUAAUGGCUCCUCCGGUUCCGCCGCAUAAUCCGAAGUGCAGCCGGCCGUCGUGCUCGCAGGAGCGUCUGCUGAAGUGUGUGCUGCUCGGGGAUGGAGCUGUGGGCAAAACGAGCCUGGUGGUCAGCUACACGACUAACGGCUAUCCCACCAAAUACGUCCCUACAGCCUUCGACAACUUCUCCGCGGUAGUACAAGUUGAUGGACAGCCCUUGCGACUGCAACUAUGUGACACUGCUGGACAGGAUGAGUUUGAUAAGCUGAGGCACUUCUGCUACUCGCGCACAGAUGUCCUGCUCCUCUGCUUCAGUGUGGUCAGUCCUGCUUCCUUCCAGAACGUGGGUGAGAAAUGGGUGCCUGAGAUCCGGAGGCGGUGUCCGCUCACCCCCGUCUUGCUAGUGGGCACACAGUGCGACCUGCGCCAGGAUGUCAAGGUGCUGAUCGAGCUAGCAAGGCGGCGUGAACAGCCCGUACCUGAGCAGGAUGCCCGCUCCCUCGCUGACAAGAUUGGUGCUGUGACAUAUGUAGAGUGCUCAGCUCUCACACAGAAAAACCUGAAAGAGGUGUUUGAUGCUGCCAUCUCUGCCGGCCUGCGCCAGUCUGACAGACGCUCCAGGCGGGAACGCAAGGUUCUCAGCACAGCUGAUAAGAUGAAGAUGCUCUCCAAGGCCUGGUGGAAGAAAUAUGUGUGUAUCCAAUAACAUGAGCCAAGCUGUGAGUCAUAGACGCACAUGGACAAAGUGACAAAGACUUUUGACUCCUUCAGUGCCUCAAGCAGAUGGACUAAUCGUGUGUGUGUGUGUGUGUGUGUGUGUGUGUGUGUGUGUGUGUGUGUGUGUGUGUGUGUGUGUGUGUGUGUGUGUGUGUGUGUGUGUGUGUGUGUGUGUUAUUGAUAUGACAGUAGAGUAUCACCUUACCUUAAUGUUUAAAAUCCAGAUUUGAUCAUUGCUUUCCAAAUAUGAGGAUUUCCACAGUAUAUCUCAAUCUUUCUGGAUAUGAAUUGUAUUAAAACAUCAAUCCCAAUCAUUUUCGGUUCUAGAUGCAUUUCUCGACCCCUUUUUUUUUUUUUUUUUUUUUUUUUUUUUUUUUUUUUUUUUUGCCCCCCCCCCCCCCCCCCCCCCUCCCCAUAAAUGUUUUAUAACCUAUGAACUUCCAUAGUACUAAGAUCAUAUAAGUAUCAUUUUCUAUUUGUAUCUGUGGUGACUUCAAACAUUUGAAUAGUAGUGUACAGUAUAUCAAGUGCACAAGAUUUAUAUUUAUGUCUGUUAAAUGUGUAUGAAUGGUUUUUUUGUUUUGUUUUGCAAGGACAGUCACUUGCUCCUUAACACUGGAUCUCAGAGCUAUUCACGUUGUGAUUUAUUUUCCCCCUUUCUAUCACACUGUGGAAUGCUCCUAAACGUAUUUAGUGCCCAUCUUUGAGCUCAUGGCACCAUAAUGCCACCUUUACAUCUUUACUGAUUUGACAGCUGUUACUGUUGACGGCUACCCAGUCAAGACUUCUCGGAGUGUUAAGAUUCUCUCAUAUGGAAAAACACUGUAGUGUGAACGAUGCGCUUGAUUUCAGUCACCUCAUCAGCCUAUUUGAUGGUACCAUUCUGUAAUGAGGCGAACCUUUUUUUUUUUUUUU